AUGUCUGGAAUCAAUAAAGAAAGUAAUGAGGAGGUAAAAGGUAUUAAAAUCUUCAAUAUCAGCUCCCACGUCCUCACAGAGAAUGGGAAGAAAGUCCUAGAAAAGGGUCUUAAAUAUGCUCCCGCUAUACCGAUCAAUAAAUUUGAGACUUUUGUCAAUAUCCAUAAAUUUAUACGGAAGUUAUGCAUUAAAAAAUUAUUUUUAUCAAAAGAAUCAGUAGAGGAAUUAGGUAAUAUAGAAAUGACAGACCAUACACCUUUCAAACCAAAGUCUGUCUUUUAUCCUGCCCACGUUAAGGGGAAUUUUAUUGAUACUUUUUGCCAGUUGGUACAGGAAGAUGUUAGAGAAUUUAGACCCACAGGAAUAAAACACAAUUUUACCUCGAAAGAGAGGGCAGCUCUAAAGGAUUUAAAACAGAACACAGAAAUAGUCAUCAAGCACUAUAAAAUGUCUUCAAAGAGAAGUUCUUCUUCAGAAGACAAAGGAGAGGAGGUGGCUAAAAAGAAAACAUAUAAAAGUGGCUCGGUAAAAAGAUCGCAGGCUUUACAAAAGAGUCUGAGAGAAGCAGGGAAUGCACCAGGCCAACAAAAGCUAUGGCAGCUAAAGGAUAUCACUGUGGAGUCAGUGGACUUAACAGUUCAAGAUGUUCCUAAAGAAACACUACAACAGGAAGCUGCAGCAUCAGUAGCUAGUGCAGAUGAAGGCCUGUCUACUGUAAUAAUAAGUGAACCAGAAUACUCAGGAGAAAAUAUUGGUGGUGCCAGCGUCACUGAAACCCAUGGUGAAGAUACAGGCAGUUCUACAGAAAGUGACAUUUCCUUUUCACCUCUUCCAUCUUCAGCUGAAAAAUGUAAUGUUUUUCAUGCACCUGAAGCAUUAUGCAGUGUUUCUGUUAAGUUACAUUUUAUGAAAGCUCAUCCUGUGCAGCCAUCCUCAGAUGCUACCCAUACGCUGCCAUUCCACGCACAUAAGGUCUACUAUCGACAUGUACCGGGUGGAAGUGCCAUUCAGAGGAAAUGGCUGUCUUAUUGUGUUGACAGCCAAAAAAUCUUUUGUUCCACAUGUAUGGCAUUUUGUAGUAUUCGAAAAAGUAAUUUUAUUUUUGGCUGGAAGGUUAAUAAAGACCAUGUGAAUAGCAGAGUUAGGGAACAUGAGGAAUCGAACCAGCAUCAAGCAGCUGUUAAUGCAUAUUUAUCUGCAGAAAGAAAAAGUGACAUAGAAACGUUAAUUAAUGUAAAUUUGGCAAACAAAAAAAGAGAUAUAGUACAGCACAAUCGCAUGGUAAUCAGUCGAUUGAUUGCUAUCAUACUAUACAUUGCUAAGCAAUGCCUUGCUUACAGAGGGAAGGAUGAGGCUGCUCAUACAUUACUGAAUAGUCAAGUCAACCACGGUAACUUUCUCGAGUUAGUUCUCCUUUUGGGCAAAUUUGAUGAAGUUCUUGAAAAACAGAUAGAGCAAGCAGUUGCAAAAAGCAAGGCCAGGAAAAGACGCCAACAAGAAAGUAAAGGAAGGGGUGGACUAGUAACCUUUUUAAGUAAAACAACAGUUAACAAGUUGAUAAUAAUAAUAAUAAUAAUAAUAAUGGGAAAUAUGAUAAAGCAGAAAAUUAGCCAGUAUGUAAAAGAUGCUGUAAAAUUCAGUGUGGAAAUGGACAGUACACAGGAUAUUGGUGUUGUGGAACAAUGCAGCAUUAUAUUAAGGUACACCAAAGAUGGCAUGGUUUCUGAAAGACUCUUUGGUCUUGUUGAUGUAAAAAGCACAACUGGGGAAGCUUUAUUUUCAGUUCUGAAGGAGCGACUAGAAAUGUUUUCUCUGCCCAUAAGUAACAUUAUUGGUUGCUCUUUUGAUGGUGCUGCUAACAUGAGUGGGUGCUACAAUGGAUUACAGGCACACAUAAAAAGUGAAUCCUGUAAGGCUGUCUACACUUGGUGUUAUGCUCAUAUUCUCAAUUUGGUAAUUGUAGACAUUACUCAAUGUGUAACUCCAGUGAAGUCGUUAUUUGGGCUCUUAGAGAAAACAGCAUGUUUUUUUUCAGAGUCUUACAAAAGAUUGUCUGUGUGGAAAGAACAGGUCUCAAAACAAAGACAUGGGCAGGAAAAACUUUCCAGACUAAAGAAAAUUGGUGACACACGCUGGUGGAGCAAGCCUAGGGCAUUAAGUACAAUUUUUGGAUCAGCUUCUGACCAAUCUAAUGAAUUGUACAGCACUCGUCUUUAUUGCCUGGAGUACAUUUCACUGUCUCCAGAGUAUGAAAGUAAAAUCAUUAGUAAGGCAGAGUACUUGCUCCAUGGUUGGACAAGACACGAAACAUUACUUGUCUCAUUUAUGUUCAUGCAGAUCUUUGAAAUUGUGACUCCUGUUUCAGAUUAUCUGCAGACUGCUGGCCUGGAUAUAUUACAGGCUUGGCGAAUGGUUGGCACUGCCAAGAGUCUGCUUCAAAAGCUUAGAACUUCAUUUUCCAAACUGAUUGUAUUAGUGAAUGCAUUUACAGAAAAAGUGGAUAGUUCUCUUGACGGGCUUUCUGUUAGUGCAGAAGUACAAAAAAGUCUGCCAGGAAAAAGGAUAACUAGGAAAAAAAUGAUGCCUGGUGAGUUAUCUCAAGAUGAGCCUAUAGAAGACCCCCUUAAAGGUUUUGAAAUUCAGACAUUCUAUGUUGUACUUGAUCAAGCAGUACAGAGUAUUGAUAGAAGGGUUUCAAAAAAUGAAAGCCUCAUUCGGGAUUUAACCUACUUUGAGCCAAGGCAGUUUGCCCAUAUGAAGCAGGGUCAGAGUGAGAUCCCAAUAGAAGCUCUGAGAACAGUUGCCGAUUUGGCCGAGGUAGACAUUGUUCAACUUAAAGUAGAACUAGUUAAUUUUGUUCAGAAUUAUUCUGUGCUUAAAAAUCCAGAUUCUCCUCAGAUAACAAGUGUUACUGAAGAAGAACUUGAUGUUGAGGACACAAUGUCCUUGAAUAUGAAAAAUAAGGCAUGUGAAAACUGCCUGACCUGCUGCUACCGGCUCUUAUAUCAUCACAAUUUACACUCUGCAGCAUAUAUGAAUCUGUUUGUAGUUUACAAAACUCUCCAUACAUUAGCUUGUACACAGGUAUCUUGUGAAAGAGUUUUUUCCAAACUUAAAAUUGUAAAAACUCGACUGAGAUCAAUGAUAGGCCAGGAACUGCUAGAAUCAUUUCUGCUUCUCAAUACUGAAAGGGACAUUGCAGGCAGCUUCGUAUUUGACGAGAUCAUUGACACAUUUGCACAUUCAUCUUCCCUCCUUGAAAGGCUGCUUCUUUAA